UUCUCGGUGAGAUAGAAAACCCUAGGUUGCAACGCAUGCGUGAGAAAUUAACAGCAUACACCUUUACCACCAGUUGGCAGAAAGGCAAAGAACAUAAUAUUCCUGAUGCACUUUCACGCUUCCCCGUACAGGCACCUAACGAGGAGGAUAAGGCUGCAAGUGAUGACGAGGACCUGCUGCACGCUUUAGUCAUCGCCUCUGUCAAUGCUGUUACGCAGGAAGGAACCAGCCUCAUGCCACUUCGAGACAAGACUUUGGAAAAGGUGCGUGCUUCUGCUGUAAGAGACCCUGAAUAUAGCGCAUUGCGCACAGCUAUACUAACAGGAUUCCCUGAACAUAAGCAAGAGCUUGUUGAUGAUUUGAGACCAUAUUGGAAGAUACGCGACCAACUUGCAGUCGAUGAUGACCUCGUUGUUUAUGGACCACGCCUAAUCAUCCCCAAAGGCUUACGGCGAGAAACUUUGCAAAGGCUACACGACAGUCAUCAAGGCAUCGCCCGUACUAAGCGACGGGCCCGGCAAACCGUAUACUGGCCAGGUAUAGAACGUGACAUAGCACAAGUUGUCUCCUCAUGCCGAGAAUGCCGAGCACUCCUACCGCGCCAAGCCAACGAGCCCCUCUGGCAGCACGACGACCCACCAACUCGCGUGUUUGAGUCGGUCUCGGCAGACUAUUUUCACUUGGCUGGUCGCACAUUUCUUGUAUAUAUAGACAGGAAAUCUGGUUGGCCUUGUGUAUCAUCCUGUCCACGAUCUGCUAAUGGUCACCAUCUUACUUGUGAGUUGAGGAAUUUUUUUGCAGCCACAGGUGUUCCACGGGUGUUGAGUGAUGGUGGACCUCAGUUUGCGUCUUCUACUCAUCGACGCUUCCUGGCUCGGUGGGGGGUAGAGCACAGGAUCACUUCGCCGUACAACGCCCGUGCAAAUGGCCAUGCAGAAGCAGCCGUCAAGGUGAUUAAGAAGCUGAUACGGACGACUUCUUCACAUGCUUCCCUGGACGAUGAUGCUUUCGCUCGUGGGCUCCUGGAGCUGAGAAACACACCGAGGGAGGACGGACGAUCUCCAGCUCAAGUUUUGUUUGGACAUCCUAUGAAAUCAGCCCUUCCUGUUCACCAUCGUUCAUUUGCUCCGGAGUGGCAGCAGGCCGCUCUGAAAUGUGACAUUAAGGCAGAUCACCUCCGCUCCUAUUCAAAGAUAUAUCAUGACAAGACCUCUAAACCACUCUCUCAAUUACAGAUUGGUGCCUUAGUGGAUGUUUGGGAUCAUGCAACUAAUAGAUGGGGACUACUGGGCAUUAUUACAGGUGUUGGCUCCCGCCGUGAUUAUCUGGUGAAGAUGGGCAGCGGACGCACACUGUGGAGGAACCGCAGAUUUCUUCGCAGUCACCAGAACGAGGGCGUGUUCACUUACGCGUCACCCAGCCAGUCCCCGCCGAAUGUUGUGGGGGAAAACAUUCCCUCAGUGGAUCAGCCAGAACCAAGGAAACUACUGGCUGACCAGCAUCUAUCAGCUUCCCCGCCUCUUCGUCGCAGCACUCGGCACCGCAGAGAACCCGACCGAUUAGCAGUUCGCUGGGGUACGCCUACCUACGCAGACGAGGAAGAAGACGACCGUGAUGUUCCGGACAACCCUGUCAUCUCGGGGGAGGUGUAUGAUAGCAGCAUGAAAGAGAAGAGUGAAUGAUUGUUCGGUUACCUUGUUUCACGUGUGAAUUAUACCCUUUGCCUGUAAAGAGGUAAUGAUUGUCUGCCUUCCCUCGGGCUGUAUACGUGGCGUGAAUGAAAGGUUACUUGGUUUAGGAAAACUUGAGCACGGCCAGUGUGCCUCCACCACGCACAGCUCCCUGUACUCGCACCUGCUGCACCUUGUUGUCUAGCAAGAGUAUACACGUUGCUCAUUGCCAUUGUGUUUCCCUGUUCCUCGGCGAUGAUGGUGUCAACACAUCUACGUACCAAACACAUGUAGUGAAAUGCUAAUCCAAUAUUCCUUAAUAAAUUAUGUCUCUCUGAAAAUUCUAUCAAUAUGGCUUACCGGUUGAUUGUUUUUCUUCC